UUUGUAGGAAAAUAUUGAAUCCAGUCAAGAAACACCAAUGGAUAGCCAAGAAAACCAAGUUUCAGAAGCAUCAAUUUCUGGUAUUGAUCACCUUUCUAAGCUGAACGAGUUCCUUGCAGCAUGCAACAAGAGUCCUGUUAAAACACUUCGAGAGUCAUUUGUUAGUUCAAGUGAGCGAACAAGAAGAAGAUAUGCCGCCAAAGCAAAUGAAUGCCUCUCUCUUCUUUUAGAGACAAUAUGUCCAGGAGAAAGUGAUGCCUUAAAAGAUGCCAUGUUUUCCAAAUUAGAAAAGUCUUACACUCAUUAUGAGUCACCAGCACUUGUUGAGGCUUUAACUGAGAGUUACCUAAAAGCUGAGACACCAACAGUUCGGCGUCAAAUAUUGUCUAUUCUUACCACCCAGAUCAGUUUUCAAGACAUUAAUGCUAUGAUUCCAUCUGUUACACAACACAAAUUUUACUCUGCUAAGAAACAUGCUAGGGAGUUAGGAGUUGGAGCACCAGUGCCACAUGAAAAACAAGCUAGAGAAAAAGUAGAUUCUUCAAAACUUGAGCAUUUCUUGGACUUCGUAACAUCAAGUCAAGUCAUUAAGGACCUACCUCUGGGAGAAAAGACCCUAACCCUAACUACAGGGGAGUUAAUUCAAACACCAUAUGUCAUCAGAUGUCUAGCACCUGCGACAAUUGUAAGACAGUAUUCCCAGCUGUGUUUAGAGGAAAAUUUUGAAGCCAUUGGAGAGAGCACCAUGUACAAGAUUUUGUCAGAGUGUAGUGCUGCUGUGCGCAGAUCUGUUGAAGGAGUUGACUACUAUGUUGCAGAAGCUAGUGAGGCUUUUCGUGAGUUAGAACAUGUAGUUCGGGAAAUGCAGAUUCCUCUGAAUGAGCAGAAGAGAAUGUUGGAGAACCUGAUGAAAGCCAAGUAUUAUUUAAAGGCUGAUUACAAAAUGCAUGUCAGAACAUCUUCAAAUGUAGCUGACCACUGUCUUGCUCAUGCCCUUAGUCAAGUUGACAGUGUAUUCUUCGAAGAGAAUUGUUCUCAUGAGCAUACAUAUACUUGUCUGCAAUGCAGUGAACUAGAUGAACUUUUGUCAUCACUUAUGAAACUGAUCAAAACCAUGGACUGGGACAAUCCUGAUGCAUACAUGUUUAAGGUGGAAAGGUCUGUGACUGCCAUAAAGGAACUCAAGGCACAUGUACUGAGAUCUAAAAACCAAGAUGUUGCCAGAGUAGACAUCACAGCAAACCUUGAGGAUGGAGAUGUUUUCCUUGUUGCUGACUGGGCCAUGAAGUUCUUGCCUAGAAAAUUUAGAGAAGGUCAAACAGACUGGUUCGGAAAGCGAGGCAUUAAUUGGCACAUUGCUGUGUGUGCUACAAAACACAAUGAUAUUUUUGAGCUAGUUACUUAUGUACAUGUCCUUGAUUCACAGUCUUCACAAGAUUCCAGACUCACAGCAGCUUUGAUAGUAGACGUUGUCAAGGAUAUUGCAAGUAGAAAGAACAUACAGAAAGUUCACAUAUGGUCUGACAACGCAGGAUGUUACAAGAGUACCUACACUCUACAUGCCUUGUAUCAGGAACUACACCCAUUGAUUAAAACUUACAACUUUUGUGAAGCACAAGAUGGGAAAGGCCCAUGUGAUCGCAAGGCAUCACACAUAAAGUCAGCCAUAAAAAGAUAUAUAAAUGAGGGGAAUGAUGUUCUCGAUGCUUCACAAAUGAAAAAGGCUAUUGACACUCAGCAAAAAGGACAGUACAGAAUCAAAGUCGUCACUCCAGUCAUUGAUGCUGACGCUGAGAAAGCAAGUGUGAAAGCCAUUCCCAACAUUUCAUCUCUGAACAACUUUGAGUUCAGCCCUGAUGGAUUACGAGUAUGGAAGGCAUACAAUAUUGGGCCAGGAUAAUUAUUACCAUGGACAACUACAACUGUGCCAUUUAUGCAGUUAAAUGUCAUCAAGACUUGGACAAACGAAGUAAAUCCUGCUGUUCUUUCUCCAGAUGAUGAGAUCGAGACUACAGAAAGAAAUGAAUUUUCUGAGUCGUUACCCAGAAAACGGAAAACGGUAGAUCAUGUGUUUUGUUGUGCCAAUGAGAACUGCGACAGAUCAUUUCGUUCCUUAACAUCUCUGGAAAAUCACAAUCUCCUAGGUAACUGUAGUGACAGAUCAGAGAGAAACCUUAUAGAUAGGUGCAAAAUUAUUUAUCAAAACAAGUUGUCAGCUUUGAAUACAACUUGUCCAUCAUAUGAUGAAGGCAUUAUAACAACGGAAUGUAGAGAGCCAAUCAAACCAACUGGAUGGGCAUUGAAAAUGAAAAAGCCGAAGGUUUUGUUUACUGAAGACCAAAAAGAAUACCUUACAGAAAUAUUCAAGGCAGGCAAAAUUACUGGAAAAAAGGAGGAUCCAAGUAAAGUGGCGAGAGACAUGCCGUAUGUACUUGUAAAUGGAAAAAAGCGUUUCAGAAUGGAGGACUACUUAACACCAACACAAAUAGCAAGUUUCUUUUCAAGACUCUCUCAGAAAGACAGAAAAUGUUAUGCUGGAGAUUUCUUGGCAGCAUCUUUUGAUAGAAAUUUGAAUGAUCUGAAAGAAGAAGUUCUUUCACAUAUAUAAUGUUUCAGUUGCUAAUACAUGUACAUGUAUAUUAAUGAGGGAAAAUACAUGUGCUUUUCCCAUUUUGUUACACAUUUUUGUUAAAAAUUUUCAAUUAUU